AUGGCGGGUAUCACGCUGAUGCGUGAAGCACACAGACUUCGGACACAGCCACAGACGGACACAGCCACAGACGGACACAGCCACAGACGGACACAGCCACAGACGGACACAGCCACAGACGGACACAGCCACAGACGGACACAGCCACAGACGGACACAGCCACAGACGGACACAGCUACAGACGGACACAGCCACAGACGGACACAGCCACAGACGGACACAGCCACAGACGGACACAGCCACAGACGGACACAGCCACAGACGGACACAGCCACAGACGGACACAGCCACAGACGGACACAGCUACAGAUAAACACAGAUACAAACACAAGAGACACAGAUUAUAA